AUGGCUCUUUUAGAUAUGUGCCGUCUCGACGAGAAAAUUAAUCUCAAGCCGGCUGACUCCCUCGCCACUUUCCAGAACGAUGUAGUAGGUUACACUCAGAACUUCUUCAAUAGCACUCAACUUGCAACUCCGCCGUUUGCUAACCCAGUUGAGACUUUGGCACAAUUCAAUACAAAAGAUGAGACCGGACGUCAGAUUAAAAUUGAAUUUGACCACGGUACUACUACCUUAGGAUUUCGUUACAAAGGAGGUGUAUUGUUAGCUGUAGACUCCAGAGCGACGGGUGGUCAGUUCAUUGGUUCACAGUCUAUGAAGAAGAUUGUGGAAAUAAAUGACUAUCUCCUUGGUACAUUGGCUGGGGGUGCAGCAGAUUGUGUCUACUGGGACAGAGUGCUCGCUAAGCAAUGUAGACUUUAUGAGCUAAGAAAUAGAGAGAGAAUCUCCGUGGCCGCUGCUAGUAAGCUGAUGGCAAACAUGGUUUACAACUACAAAGGAAUGGGUCUAAGCAUGGGUAUGAUGCUUGCCGGAAUUGAUAAGCGGGGUGCACAAUUAUACUAUGUAGACAGUGAGGGAACUCGCACUCCAGGAAAGGUGUUCUCAGUCGGAUCAGGAUCGGUGUAUGCUUUUGGUGUUUUGGACUCUGGCUACCGCUGGGACCUUGAGGAUGUGGAAGCUCAAGAGCUGGGACGUCGGGCAAUCUACCACGCAACUCAUCGCGAUGCCUACUCUGGAGGUAUUAUCCGGGUGUACCACAUCAAUGACAAUGGAUGGGUCAACAUUUCAAAUGAGGAUUGCUCAGAACUGCAUUACAAAUACCAAGCUGAGAAGGGAAUUACUGAAUAG